UUUAUCUCUAAAACACAGUCAUUAGCUUGGUUAAAACUUAAAGAUAACAAAUAUGUCAGUACAGUUAAUUUACAUACAAAACCACGAGUUUCUUCCUUGUAUGAUAACCAAAUUGUUUGAGAUUAAAAAUGUCGUUAAACAGUGAUUAGGCUAAUAAUCUUUCGAAUAACUAGGUCAUAUUUAUUUAGAAUUAGGAGGAUUGUCAUUCAUCGUAUCAUGCUGCAUACAUGUAUCAGGAUGCACCUACUUGUACAGGGUCAGAUGUUAAUAGCAGAGUACAUGGCAAACCUGACACUCGAUGAAAAUUGUUGUUCAACUAUUGAUUAGCUUAAUCAGUGUUUAACGCAAAAUUAUUUUUUUGUUUAUCGUUAAAACAAAAUCAGCAAAUGAGUUAAAACUAACAGGUAACAAAUAUUUACGUACAGUUGAUUUUCAUCCAAAACUACGAGUGUUUAUCUAGUAUGCUAUCAAAAUUAUGGAAGAUUGGAAAAAUGUCGUUCGUCAGUGACUAACCUAAUCAUCUAUCGAACAACUCGGUCCUAUUUAUUUAGAAUCAGGAAGACAGUCAUCAAUCGUAUCAUUCGCAUGUCAGGAUGCACCUACUUAGUACAGGGUCAGAUGACAAUAUCAGGUUACAUGGUAAUCGUGUUAAUCGUGUAAGGGACUUCAGUUGAAGCACACUGUUCACAUCACCUUUAUGUUAAAAUGUGUGGCCUACGGAAUUCAGCGAUUCUGUUUCUUUUGGUUUUAUUUCAUAUGAACCUUUAUGGAGAUACGCAGCUCAUUGGAGAAGAAAAGAAAUAUGUUUUUCUUGAACAAGCUGUGUUGGAGCGAGUGAGGUCUACAUUGCUAGAAAUUACAAAUACUCUUGAAGCAAGAGUAGGAAGUCUGGAAGAGGACAACAAGCGAAUUGUAUCGGAACUGAACUCCUUGAAGAAUGUGAAUCCUAUAAAGCCUGCACCAGAAGCAGUGAUUGGCUGCCCUUUAUCAGACAACUGUGCUGUCUUUGGUCUUGAGUGUCCCCGAAUUUUUAUGGAUCCAGCGACCCUGUUUACACGUUUCCUGUCCAGGGAUAAACUAACAAUGUCAAACCGACAAGUGGAUAACACAUAUGAAGGACAAACAAGAGGUGACCUAAACCGGGUGUACGAAGGGGUACAGGGGUCAAUUGGCAUUACAAACCGACAAAAAAUGUACUUUGAGACUGACAUCUAUUACCGAAUAGAAAAAGAUUUAAGUGCAACAAAUCUGGUUUUCGAGGUUGCGUUUGCAACUGAAAAGGCGAUCGCUAAAAGUCACUAUGUCGGUCGACAAAAUGAGGCGUGGUCUAUAAAUGCGCACAAUUCUUUUAACCAGGGAGUCACUCUCUUUUUUAAAAGUAAUGGAGGCAGUAUAGGGCAUAGUGAAAUUCUCAGUGACGCCACUUCCGGUACAGAAAGGUACUUGAAACUUGGAUUCUUCAUUAACAGAGUUGACAGAACCAUCGCUGUGUUUGACAUUAACAUGAACAGGAAGAUAUACACCUUUACUAACGUGGACGGAUCUCAGGAACUGUGGCCCGUGUUCGGCGUUUAUCAAGCGACAAAAACAUUUGUUCGCUUUCGACUUAACACUGCAAGCGACAUAACUAGUGUUCCUUGUGGGCUGUUCUAGACUUAGGUUAAAACUGAUUCCUUAAUUUACUCUAAUUAUUUAAAGACUGUUGUUUAAACGAAAAAAGGGAAAAUUAAUUUUAAAAAAUUAAAUGGUCUAAGCAUGUCAGAAUAAAUGCAUGCACUAUUUGUUGCAUGUGGAUAGUAUUUUUUUAAUGUUUUAAAUAAUGGUGGUGUGCAACCAUAAACGAAAGUAAUGAACGAGUUGUCGCCCUUGGGAGGUUGACGAAGAAGGCAGAGAGGCCCAAAAGAAAGAGAUAGCUUGGGGUGGAAAGCACGGGCGCGAAGGAGAAAACGAUGAUCUGGACUGGUGUUUAGCGCGGUAGGACACUAAGUGGACGUUGUCCGGGAUGGACAUCGACACGUGUGUGGUCAUGCCAAAGAAUCGCGAGUGAACUGUUCGUGUUGGCCAAUAUUCACGUGAAAUACAUCCCCCUUUGUGGAGUGUGAGACAUGUGUCGCGUACGCGUGUGCAAGUGACAUUUGGGAGGCAACACCGGUGCUGGGUUACAUAUCGUGUGAUAAGAUGCAUUGUUGUAUUUGAAACGAUAUACUGUUAUUAUAUAUAAAUGUUUUAACUUGU